AUGGAAAAAUAUAGAAAAAAAGAUAAUAAUAUAAUAAUAAAUAAUAAAUUAUUUGAUCCAGAACAAAUAUAUGGAUACCCACCUGACCAUAAACAUUCUGAUGGGGGGUUACGAUAUUAUGGAAAUGUAUAUAACUCUUCUAAAGACAAUAUAGUACAUGGAAAUAAUGGAUGUGGAAAAAACUUUGGAAAUAAUUAUAAUAAAAUGGGGGUAUCGAAAAAUCAUGGGAAAUAUAAUGAAAAUUAUAUAAAUGAUGAACAAAAUUAUAGACGAAGUAAACACAAUGAUGAAAUAAAAGAAAUAAUUGAAAAUGGUAAUGUAAAAAGAAAAACAUUAUUAUAUAAUAAUAUUGUAGAUUCAAAUAGACAACUAGCCAAUAAAUUAAAUGGAUUAGAAAUGAAUGCAAAAAGAGAUAGUGAUGUAAAAAGAUGUAUAAAUUAUUUUAAUUCAUUACGUAAAGGAAAUGUUGAUAUUAAAAAAAUACUUGAAAAUAAAAAUUAUAAAGAAUUAAAUAUUCCUAAAGAACAUUUAGACAAUGGUAAAUUUUUUAAUUAUUUAGAAUAUUAUAAAAAACAUAAUUUAAAAGAAUUAAUAGAUUAUUUUGAUGAAAUGAAUACAAAAGAUAAUAAUGAACGUGUUUUGUCUCCAAAUAAAAAUAAAAUUACCACAUCAGGAUAUAGUAGUGAAAAAAGUUAUUCUAGUGGUAAUAAAUUAAAUAAAGAUGAAGAACAAAAGGGUAUACCAAAUUCGAAAUCAAAUGAAAUAUCAGAAAAUAAAACUGAAGAUUUAAAAACAAAUAAAAACAAACGACAUCAAAAUCCUUCAUCCAUUAAUAAUGAUGAAACAGAUGAAAAAUUAUUUUAUCAAAGAAAAAAAACAAAACAUGAAAAAGAGCCAGAUCCAGUAUUUUACACCAUAGAUGAUUUAUUUGAUUAA